CUGUUUUUUGACACUAAUACUCUGGAAGAGCUGGGCCCAGGCCAUCCUCUCCCAAGUUUCAGAGUCCCCUCAGCCUCUGAAUUCCACUUAUCUGUUUGGAGUCCCAGGUGAUCUCCGCCAUGUCCUUCUCCCCCCUCAAGGUGGCUGUGGUCUGCAUGAGCAACAUGAACAGGAGCAUGGAGGCCCACAGCAUUCUCAGGAAGAAAGGUUUCAGUGUCAGGUCUUUUGGAGCCGGAUCCCGAGUCAGGCUCCCAGGAACUGCGCGCAACCUCCCUGUGGUUUAUGAUUUCUCCACCACGUAUGAACAGAUGCGCAAGGACCUUGUGCGCAUAGACCGAGAACGCUAUACCAGCAACGGCAUCUUGCACAUCUUGGGAAGAAACGAGAGAAUCAAGCCUCGCCCGGAAAGAUUUCAAGAGUGCAGAGAUCACUUUGAUGUCAUCUUCACCUGCGAGGAGAAGGUCUAUGACCGGGUGAUAGAAGAGCUGUGGGUCCGAGAGCAGGAGACUUGCCAGCCUGUGCACGUGAUCAACGUGGACAUGGACGACAACACGGAGGACGCCACCCUUGGGUCUCUGAUCAUCUGUGAGCUCUGCGAACGCCUCCAGCAGGCAGAGGACAUGGAAGGCAGUCUGGCUGAGCUGCUCCUGGCAGUGGAGAGGAAAACAGGAAGGAGCUUUCUGCACACGGUCUGCUUCUACUGAAGAAGAGAGCAAACCAUGGCUGACUCUCAGCUUCCUCCCUUUACCUUGGUCACAUUAUAUGGCACCAAUUUGUGCGCUAGUCUUCAAGGUUGGCUUAAAGUGUUUGCUAAAUCCUUUCGAAACAUAGUCCUCCCCUCUGAUUUUGAUUAGAGUUUUGUAACUGAAAGUGGGUUCUGGCUGCUUACUGCUCAAAAGCCAAUAAAGAGGCAAGUUUAGUG